UCAUAUUUAAAUUUAUUUUUUAGUGAGUGAUCUCCAAAAACUUGUCAAACAAUUGGGCUCUCAAGAGGAUAACCAAUUAUUUCGCACACAAUUGCAAACACUUCAACACCAAACCAAUGAAUUAGCGAAACAAUGCAAUAAUGAUUUGAAACAACUUACAGUUCAAAGUAACACAUCAUAUCCUACUCAAGCGAAGGAAAACAAAGUGAUCUUGGAGAAAAUUAGAAGCGAUUUUAUAGGUAUUCUCAAUAGAUUUCAAGAAAUUCAAAGAAUCGCUGCGCAAAGAGUCCAAGAAUUUGCUGUCAAACCAAAUAAACAUGAGAUCAAUACUAAUAACACUUAUGCGAACGAUGAGUUCAACUUCGAGACGACAACCCUUUCGUUCAAAGAGGAAACCAUUGGUCAGACACGGACUCAGACACAGAUGGAUGACUUGGCCGACGAGAGGAAUCGCCUCGAGUCGGCUCAACAACAACACGAAGCCGUCCGACGACUCGAGUCCGACAUUCUGGACGUGAAUAAGAUCUUCCAAGACUUGGCCCAAAUGGUGCACCAGCAGCAAGACCUGGUCGACCACAUCGAGGCCAAUGUGAUCACUGCCGAGGUUGAGGUCGAGACCGGUAACCGUGAGCUUAGGACUGCCGCUGAAUAUCAGGUGAAUUAUUUGUGA